AGUUCAUCAAUCACAUUCACAUUCUCAUUCUCAAACAUACUUUCAUCUCUUUACAUUCCUGCCUUUCUCGAUUCAAGAUGCCUGGCGAUCAGGAUUGGGCCGACGGACCUGCACCUGCCGAAUAUGGCCGUCAAACCGACGGUGGUCGUCGAUCCGGUCGGUCUGCGAGUCCCAAUGGACCUCCUCGUAGAGACCGCAGUCGGAGUCCAAUGCGUGUCGAAUCCGAGAAACCCAUACCUCGAGGACGUGGCAACAACGGUGACCACAACCCAGGAAACAAUCUCCAUGUAUCUGGCAUUAGCAGCCGAGCUGAAGAUGUCGAUUUGCACGAGCUGUUUGUCAAGCAUGGUCGAGUUCAAAAGGCGCAGCUCAUGCGCGACCCUAACACUAAAGAAAUUCGUGGCUUUGGUUUUGUGACUAUGGAGUCUGCUGAAGAAGCUGAGGCUGCUAUGGCUGCUCUCAAUGGCCUUGACUUCCUUGGCAAGGUACUAUCUGUCGAGAAAGCACGCAGAGGCAGAGCUCGCACUCCUACACCUGGUCAAUACCACGGCCCACCCAAGCGUGAUGAGCGUCGCUAUGAUCCACGAGGUUACGGUGGCGGUCCGCGAUAUGACGACCGCGGAGGCGGUGGUGGCUAUGAUCGACGUGAACGUCGUUUUGAUGAUCGCGGCCCACCUAGUAGAGAUGAUCGGUAUGGGUAUGCUGCUCCUAUGAGACCAGAACGUGAACGUUAUGAUGAACGUCGAGAUUAUGAUCGACCUCGUCGUGAUGAUCGUGAUUAUGAUCGAAGGUAUUGAACAAUUAUAAACAUUUUUUUCGUGUCAUUCAUCCUCUCUGUUCUUCAUGUCUUCAAAUCUUCAUUUGGUGUUAGUCAUAUCUGUGAAACAUGCAGAAUUUUGUAAUAUAAUAAUAUCUCUGGACCAGUUUAUUACUCCGAUCAGGGUG